UAGGCGCAUGCGCAGAGGGAUAAACAAAGAUGGGGAGCCUGGCGUCACGCGAGUCUCCGGGUCUCCAGGCGGCAGAGCAGAAGCAGCAAACGACAACGCCGCCGCAGCCGCCUUCUUCCCUGAAGCCCUGCUGCGCCUGCCCUGAGACUAAGCGGGCGCGCGAUGCAUGCAUCAUUGAAAAAGGAGAAGAACAUUGUGGCCCUCUUAUUGAGGCACACAAGGAGUGCAUGCGAGCCUUGGGUUUUAAAGUCUGAAUCAGAAGAGCUCUGAAUAUGUAUCAGGUGAUUUGCCUUGGAGGAUGAUUUUUGGGACUUGACGUCUGUGGCUGCUGGAAUAGUUUUUUAAAAAACGUUUUAUAUCAGAAUAUGAAUUUAUUGGAAAAUAUUUAUGAUGGAUUCUGGGAUCACAACAGUACAUUGCCUUAUUAUCUUAUCCUGUUUCUGGAUCCAGACUUCGUGAGAGUAAGAGAUAUUCUUCUCAACAUUUUUCCAGGUUUUCAUUUGAGCACAAUGGACGUUGCUCCUGUAAAAUCUUGGUCCUGCAGUCGGGCCACAAUCCUCACCCACCUCCGGUGUACAUUACAAUGAGAGAUUAUAAAUCUAAACAAUAAAAAUGAAGUGGUCUGAA